AUGCCGAAACGAAAAAUCGAUAAUCUUGAAGUUAUUGUCAACAAGUUACGUAAGUUGGAAAAAGAAGUGAAACGAUCGCGUAGAUAUCGAAGGUCGUCGUCUUCGUCAUCGGAACCAAGCAGUCGAUCCAGCUCAUCGUCACCUUCUUCUAGGGCACCGUCACCGGCUAUGGAUAACCAAGAAUGCCAGGAACCAGUUAUAAACCCUGAAGUAGAUACGAUUAAUCUGGAACCUGAAUCCACCCCUCCCAAUGAAACUACGGCGGGUUUGUCUGAUAUUUUGGGUGAAGACCCAACGGCCACUGCCGAAUAUGGACCGGAUAUUAAUACAGAUCUGGCAGCUAGAUUAGCCCACAUAGCAACAUCAGGGCUGAAUAAAGAUACCCGCAUUGAUUUAUUGAAAACGUUUUUAGUACCAGCAAAUUGUGAAAAUAUUUCUGCACCAAAGCUGAACGUAGAAAUAAAGGCUGCUAUUCCCGAAACAGCAACCAAAAGAGACAAGUGUAUCGAAUCUCGCCAAAAGAUAAUUGCUGCUGGUAUUACAGCGCUAGGUGGCGUUAUAUCAAGACAACUCGAGUCGAAAAAUAAGGAUAACGAUUUGAUCAAAGAUCUGAUGGAUGUCGCUAGACUUCUCUGUGAUAUACAACACGCUGAAUCAGAAACCAGACGAAACUUUGCCCUGUACUCAGUGAAAAAGGAGCUAAAAGACCAGUUAGCUCUAACGAAAAUAGACAAAUGUCUUUUUGGAAGUGAUUUUGCAGAAACGCUAAAAACUGCAAAAGCAGUUUCAAAGUCCAGCACGGAUUUAAAAAGAGACUUCCCAAAAAAAUCGCCACCUGCAGCCAAUCCUUAUAAGAAGGAUUUAAACUGGAAGCCGCGGACCGGGGCUCGCAGACAGCAGCCGGUCACUCAAACGCGCCCCCAGUCGUCUGCAGCGCCGAGCGCCACGCCGCGCGGGAGCUCAUCGCGGAACUACACGCAACGUCGACGUCACCACAAGCAGAAUCGCCGGGACUAGAUUCGGUAC